CUGGCGGUUCAAUGUCUGCGUGUGUCGUCGUCGGCAGCUUGCGAAGAAGAUUGUUCCUAAACUGACUGGACUGACUGUGUAGCAGCAGCAGCGGAGUGCAAUUUGGUGGUGGUCGCGAAAAUUCCAUCGGAAAACCCAUUCCGGAAUACGGUUACGCGCGAGUGCGAUAAGGUUCCGGUGCAGUUCCGUUUUUGUGGAUUCCCGGGAAGAGCUGAAGAAAGAAGGCGAAGAUCAUUUUGGUGGCUCCGGUGGCAACUCGGGGGGUGUCCGAGAGGCGUGCGUGUACUUUUCGGUGGUGUGUAGUUUAUAAUUAGUAGUGUCUAGAUUUAGUGUCUGGUUUUCGGGGUUUUCCCGUGUUGGACCGGCCAAGAUGAGUCCUCUCAGCAGCGCAAGGACAGCGAUAUUCAGCUAUUUUAUGGUUGUUUAUGUAUUCUACAACCCCACCGACAGUGGAGCGGUGCAGCUCAACAGCGAGAAUCUUGAUAUGACUUUAGCUUCUAAUGAAUUAGUAUUUAUCAAUUUCUACGCCGAGUGGUGUAGAUUCAGCAAUAUUCUGCAGCCAAUUUUCGACGAAGCGGCAGAUAAGGUGAAAGAAGUCUUUCCCGACGGAGGUCGGGUCGUGAUGGGCAAGGUCGAUUGCGACCGGGAAUCGUCGGUGGCGUCUCGGUUUCACAUCUCCAAGUACCCCACGCUCAAAAUCAUCCGCAACGGGCAGCCGACGAAGCGGGAAUACCGCGGAGCGCGAACCGUCGAAGCCUUCACCGAGUUCGUGAAGAAACAGCUGGAGGAUCCCAUCAAGGAGUUCCAUCACUUGAAGGACCUGGAGAAACUGGACACCAAGAAGCGGGUCGUGGUCGGAUACUUUGACCGACGGGAUAUGCCCGAGUACAACAUGUUCCGACGGGUGGCCACGAAUCUCAAGGAGGACUGCGUUUUCGAGGCCGGCUUCGGUGACACCGUUUCGGCUAUGCAUCCGCCAGGGCAUCCAAUCAUCGUGUUCCGACCGGAUGUGGCCGUUUCGGACGCCAACGAUGAAACCUUCACCGGCAACAUGAACAACUUUGACGAGCUGAACAUUUGGGUUCAGGAGAAGUGCGUGCCACUGGUGCGCGAAAUCACCUUCGAGAACGCCGAGGAACUGACGGAGGAAGGUCUGCCGUUCCUGAUUCUGUUCCACGCGCCGGACGAUUUCCAGUCGAUCAAGGACUACAAGGCUGUAAUCGAAACGCAGCUGAUUUCGGAGAAACAAAACAUCAAUUUCCUGACGGCCGAUGGCAAGCGUUUCGCACAUCCGUUGCAUCAUCUGGGCAAGAGCCAGUCGGAUCUGCCGCUGAUUGCGAUUGACUCCUUCCGGCACAUGUAUCUGUUCCCGAGCUUCAAGGAUAUGUACGCCCCGGGCAAGCUGAAGCAGUUCUUGAGUGAUCUCUACAGUGGAAAGCUGCAUCGCGAAUUCCACUACGGUCCGGACCGGAACGACGACAACACCAUCGAGGUGGUCAUGAUCAAUGGAGACCAGAAGAAGGGCACCACGCCUCCGGAAUCGACCUUCAAGAACCUGGGCCCGUCGAACAAGCGGUACACACUGCUGAAGGAUGAACUGUAAAUAUGUGUAAGUUGUUGUUGUUGUAGAACGAAGAAAACAAGAGGCACAACCAAUCCAACCCAGACAACACCGAAACAUAAACUGAGAGGAAGGCGAAACCUCGAUGGUUUCCAAAGUUUUUUUGGAAACAGCUGUAACGCAAGAUAUUCUUCUCUUCUUCCUAGCUAAGACCAUAUUUACUUCUUUGAAGUGUUUUUCUAGAAUUUUCCUCAAGGUCGUCCAGCCUUUGUUCUCUUUUUAGAAUAAUCCAUCCAAACAAAGCUAUAAUCCAAUCCGAUAGUGAGAUCCAAGUAUAUUCACCUGGUGUGAUGCAACUUCAACCGGUAUUUGUCUUCAAAAUCGCUUUUUUCCAAGAUUUUUCUUUCAAUGUAGCCCCAAACCUGUCUCAUAUAAGACUAACACCCUGUAAGCAUUACCUGUACUGUGUUUGAGUAAUAAUAAUUAUUACUUGAUUGUAACCUACAUAGAAAAUUGGUAAAACUAACCCAAAUCCAAAAUAGGACAAAACACAAACACAAUCUCUAGCGCUACGACAGGUUUGAAAAUUCUUAAGCAUAACGAAACAAAGAUCCGGGAGUGAAUGUGAAUGCACGUGGCAAUAUGUGUGCGACUGAUUGCUGCUUUUAGCUGUAAUAAGUCUAUAUAAUAUUUUAAACCGUUUUCCGCAUGAAUACUAUUUUUUCUGGUAGCAGUGAGCAAUUAUUGGAUACAAAGUCGUCAAAAGCUGUUUAUUUGGAACGAUGGAAUUCCACCGCAGAAAUUGCUAGUUGUGACCUGCGCAGGUUUCUUGAUAGUCAUGAUUUGUCUUACAUGAUAAAUCAGUGACAGAAAAUGCCACUGGUACUAAUACUAUGCAACGCUAUUUUCUAUGCGAGGCAUUAUCGGAUGGAAACCUGCGCAGGUCCAGGGAGAAAUUAUCGGUUACUUCUUCUGAAUCCAUUGUUGCCCACUGCGAAAUAGUAAAAACUUUCCGAGUUAUCUUUGAACCACUGAACAGCGAAAGUGUCAGCCCACAUUAACGAUUCGGCAGCAGAAAAUGGUGCGUUCGGUGCAUUAGUAGGUACAACAGCAGUUGUAGACGGGUCGCGUGGCAAGCUCUGCCCAAAAGAAUAGUUGAUGAUGAUAUACAACAAGCAAACAAGCAAGCAAGCAGACAUGUAGUGAAGUGGGUUCGAGAACAGUGAUACUUAGUUACACAUUUUAUACGGUACGAAUGAACUAAUGUUAGGUAAAAAAACAACACUAAACUAAUUUAUAAAACCAAUCAAGAAGCGGUCAAAUUGAACCAGAAAGGCUAAAAUGUGUAGCGAUAGUUUUUUUUUUGUUAAUUCGUACUACAAAAGUCUGUAAAAUAAAAUCUGAUAUA